GCUGUCGACGGUGGAUGACAGCGGCUGAUGAGCUUUCGGAGAAUAAAGCACACGCCGCCGGUUGGAAAAUAGGCUGUGUUAGGGAUUUUGUGCAGCUAACUAUCCAGUUAGUUAAUGUUUUGCGCUGUUCAUUACUACUGCCGUUGUCUUUGAAGACGGAUAACGAAACAACUUCCUGGACAGCGGUGGUCGCAGACCGUUAGCUGUGAGGUUAGCUAAACCGGAGACGGGAUGUAAAUUAAUCCAGACGGGACCAGCCCCAGAAGCCGGGAGGGAGCAGCAGUCAGUCACACCCUUGUCUGGGGACAGUGGAGGAAAUCUCUGCGCUGAACAACAUGAAUUUGUUAUCCCUCACUAUUUAUGCUGUUUUGUAUACAUAUACGGUAGCCUUAGUGUGCUGAGUUUCAGCUUGUGAGCACCAGUUUGAGUUAACUGGGAAGUCUGGACUGGAUAUGACUGACUCAUCAUCAUGGCACGGACAGAGGAGAUAACCCCGACCAGUCUGUCUGCUGCAGUGACAACCAGACAGCCGCACAACUAGCCAGACAACUACGUUAUUAACAUAUUGUAUAGUUUUUUAUUAUUAUAUACUUCCCCUCGUGGCAGUAUGAGUGCCCCAAUGUACACCUUUGUUACCCGUGACGACAACAGCACUGUUUAUGCAGAAGUUUCCAAAAUCCUCCUCUCGACUGGACAAUGGAAGAGGCUGAAAAGAGACAAUCCCAGAUUCAACCUUAUGCUUGGUGAACGGAACAGAUUACCCUAUGGGCGUCUAGGCCAUGAACCAGGACUGGUGCAGCUGGUUAACUACUACAGAGGUGCAGACAAGCUUUGCAGAAAAGCAUCAUUGGUCAAGCUGAUAAAGACCAGCCCAGAGUUGUCUGACUCCAGUAACUGGUUUCCAGAAUCCUACAUCAUCUAUCCCACUAACCUCAACACGCCUGUUGCUCCAGCCACCAAUGGCAUCAGCCAUCUGAAGAGCAAUCCUAAGACAGACGAGCGUGAGGUUUUCCUGGCCUCCUAUCAUGCUAAAAAAGAAAGUGGAGAGGGUACAGUGUGGAUAGCCAAGUCCUCUGCUGGAGCUAAAGGUGCUGGUAUUUUGAUAUCCCAUGAUGCUAAUCAGCUGCUGGAGUAUAUUGACAAUCAGGGGCAGGUUCAUGUUAUUCAGAAGUACCUGGAGAAACCUCUGCUUCUGGAGCCAGGACAUCGGAAAUUUGACAUCAGGAGCUGGGUGCUAGUGGACCAUCACUAUAACAUCUAUUUAUACCGGGAGGGCGUGUUGCGGACCUCCUCGGAGCCCUACAACAGCGCUGACCUCCAGGACAUGACCAGCCACCUGACCAACCACUGCAUCCAGAAGGAGCACUCUCAGAACUACGGACGCUAUGAGGAGGGGAAUGAGAUGUUCUUCGAUGAGUUCAGGCUGUACCUGCUGAACACUCACAAUGUUACCCUGGAGGCCACCAUAUUACCUCAGAUCAAGCAGAUCAUAAAGAGCUGUCUGACAUGUAUUGAGCCUGCAAUCAGCACCAAGCACCUGUCCUAUCAGAGUUUCCAGCUCUUUGGAUUUGAUUUCAUGGUGGACGAGAGCUUCAAAGUGUGGCUCAUUGAGAUCAAUGGAGCUCCAGCCUGUGCACAAAAACUAUAUCCAGAGCUAUGUCAAGGGAUUGUGGAUGUGGCCAUUUCCAGUGUCUUCACUCUGAACAGUGGCAGUGACUCCUCCUCUGCUUCUUCCUCACCGUACUCAUCCUCCCCAUCAUCAAUGUUCACCACCAACUCCUGCUCUUCUCCCAAACUGAGAGCUCCACUUCAUGUGGGGCCUUUCACUCGACUGUGAGCCCCUCCCAAAUGUUUCCCUUGUUCCUUCUGUGCUAGAAGCUUCCUCCUUGUUCUGUCCUCACUCCUAAACUGCACCUGAGAAGUAGCACUUGCCAGCAAGGCGACCCUUCGUUGUAUCUCGGCUGAAAGGAGUCUUUCUCUUUGUGGAAUUCUCUGAACUGCAACAGUGAUCUCUCCUUUCCUGAUUAUGCAUAUUAUGAAUGUGAGAAUGAUGACGGAACUGUUCAAUAAAUGUUCUGGGAGUUUCUGAAUGAGGACAGACACCCGUCCAUCUCAGCUCCACCACCAGUUUCUCCCCAAGCAGAUGAAUGGAGGUGUGAAGGAUGCAGAGAUGCUCCAACUGAGACUGUAGUGCCUUACAUUUCCAACCACGCUCCCUUAAAAACACUGUCAGCUUGCUCUGUUAUAGUGACUCAUACUUGUUUUAAUAAGCCUUUGCACUGUUGCUCAAUUAAACCAACGUGUUCAAGGUCGGUCCACGAGAAACAACAUAAAACAGAUUCCUUGACGUUUGAGAUGUUGGUCAACUUGUGGAAUUCUGAGUGCUAUUUUUUCAUCAGACACUUUUUUUUUUAAAGUAUCUUAUAGCUUCCCAGCAGCUACUGCUACCCAUUAGUUUUAAUGAGAAAUGCUAACAUUGAUGAAGAAGCUACAGAGAUUGAUAUGUUUAAACCUAUUAAAAUAUAUUAUGACAUAUUGACUAGUAUACUAACUACAUGUGUCUGAUGAGCUAAACAUUAAAUAUAUCAAGUUUCGCCAUAAAAAAUACCAUUCCUCUUCACUUGAAUAUGUUGAUGCUAUAUAUUAUUUACAUUCAGGGCAGCUGGGUGGCAUAAGUGAGCAGUUGGACCAUCCCUCAGUAGGAAAACCCAGAUUUAAGUCAGCCCCCACAAGCUCUGCUCAAGUAUCCCUGACCUCUCAAUUACAUAGAGAAAAGGGAAAAGAGAACCCAAAAGUAUUUUGUUAUUCUGUUAUAAACAAGUUCUUUAUAGGAUAUUUCACCUUGUUUAAUUGUCAUUUGGAGAGAGCAUGUUAGUGCGACAGCAUGUAGCACACAUGGCAUCUUGCUGUAAAGACCUGCCGUAAUGUCUGUGUUUUACUUCUGAUGUGUGACAAACUAGAGCGUCGAUGUAAAGUGUUGUGUGGAUUCUGUUUUUGAAGUGUCAAAAUGAAAGUAGAUUGUA